AUGGCCAUGCUGGCGUCCAAGUCGUAUCCGGCCGGCCUAGGCCCGCAGUCGUCCAACAUGAUGGCCGCCCCGAGACGCGCCGCCACCACCCCGCUGCCCUCCAGCCAGAACCACGCCGCCAUGCUCGAGGCCGAGUUCGGCGACCUCGAGCCUGAGACUGUCAAGAAGUGGGACGAGGACGACGUCUGCCACUUUCUGAGGAGACUCAAAUGGGGCCAAUACGAGGACGUCUUCCGCAAGAACAACAUCAAUGGCGAGAAUUUGCUCGAGCUGGAUAAGACGCUGCUGCAGGAGAUGGGUGUUGAGAAGGUCGGCGACCGUGUUAGGCUAUGGUUGACGAUUAAGAAGUUGAGGACCAUGGUGUAUGCCAAUCAAGCGAGGAGACAGAGGGAGGACCUGUAUGCCGAUGUCGACGCGCAAUACGUGCCUUCAUCCUACUCGCCGCAGCCCUCCGGCCGUUCUGUCCCUCCCACACCGCCGAGCAAAGGCUACUCUCGCCAGUACGACCUCCCGGCUGGCGAAGGUUCCAAGCCUUCUGGUUCGAUUUCCCCUCUCUCUAGCGGCGACUUCCGGUCCCAGCAACAACAACGAUAUGCUCAAUCUUCAGGCUAUGCCAGCAGCCAGCCGACGCCAUCGAGCACUCGCUACCCCGUCUCACCGCCCGAGCAGCCACUUAGCGGCGGCCGCCUAAUGCACACACGCAACCAGUCUAGCAUGGACGGCUCGCUGAUGGCCGCCCUGCCCCCCGGCCAAGACGUCAUCCGCGUCAUCUCGACUGGUGGCGUCACCAAGGUGGUCAAGAUCGCUGGCUGCAACACCUGCGAGGAGGUGAUGCGCGUCACGCUGCGCAAGUUUGCUCUGCGUGAGGACCACGAGAGGAAUUACUGCUUCUGGGUGCUGAACGGCACCGAGCCCGAUCCGAACCAGUGCCGGCGGCUUGGUGAUACCGAGUUGUGGAGGAUUAUUAAGGAUCAUUCGCGUCCGGAGAGGAAUAGAUUGAUUCUUAGGCGCGUGCCGGCUGGCGAACCCGGGCAGGCGGAGCUGGAGAGGGCGGCUGCUAUCGCGCUGGAGGAGCAGGCUCAGCAGCAGCAAAAUCAUAAUCGAGUGAUUGAGAAUAUGCCUAAGCAGAGUCUGCUUAAGGCGCAGAAGGUGCUGGGCGAGAGCUGGGAGAAGAUGCAGCAGCCGAAUCUAUCUUCCGUUCCUUACCAAGAUCGAUACGAGCGCCCACCUCCACCGCCUCCCCAGCCCCAGCCCCGUCGCCGCGGCGAACUAAGACAGUUCGGCGGUCUCCGCCCCCCGAGCGAACUGAUUGCUUCGGAUCUGACCAGCUACUUCCCCGACCACUCCAAGGAGUUCAUCGACCGGACGGCCCGCAUGUCGAUGCGCCGCUCACAACGCCUCAGCCGCAUGAACCACCGCCUCAGCGUCGCCAGCACCCUCAGCUUCGCCUCCAGCAUCCAGGACGCCCCGCCCAUCCCCACCAUCGCCGACAGCUGGCUGACCGCCUCAAAUCAGAUUGCUAAGCCCCGGCCGCGCGCCGAUGCCGCGUCCCGGUUUAGGGAGUAUCGGGACUCUGUCGCUUCGUCGAUGCUGGAUACCUUGCAGGAGGAGGAUGCCCAGUCGACCACGAGCUCGAUCAAUCGCAAGUCGUAUGUCUCGUUUGCGGAUAGUGGGUCGGAUACGAAUACUACGGCUGCGUUGAGUGUCACGGAUCCGGAUGGGAAUGUCGUGAGGCAUAGUUUCUUUGAUGGGGCCGGGAGUACGGGUUCCGGGGGAUCGUCGCUGCAGGAUGUCAAUCAGGCCCUGGAGGAGGAUGGCGAGGAUAUUGAUGAGGAUCUGCAGAGCUUCUUGGCGGGUGACUCGUGGGAUGAUAGCAAAUGGAUUAAGGGCGCGCUUAUCGGUCGUGGUUCGUUCGGUAGUGUCUACCUGGCGCUGCACGCUGUUACCGGCGAGUUGUUGGCCGUCAAGCAGGUCGAGACGCUGGGAUCAGGCACGAACGGCCAGAACGAUCAGAGGAAGAAGAACAUGAUCGAGGCGCUCAAGCGCGAGAUUACGCUCCUGCGUGACCUCCGCCACCCCAACAUCGUGCAAUACCUCGGCUGCGGUACGUCGGCCGAGUAUCUCAACAUCUUCCUCGAAUACGUCCCCGGCGGCUCUGUCCAGACCAUGCUCGAGUCCUACGGUGCCUUGCCCGAGCCCCUCAUCCGCACUUUUGUGCGGCAGAUUCUUAAUGGUCUUUCGUACCUCCAUAACAAGGACAUCAUCCACCGCGACAUCAAGGGCGCCAACAUCCUCGUCGAUAACAAGGGCACCAUCAAGAUCUCCGACUUUGGUAUCUCCAAGAAGCUCGAAGCGUCGAAUAUCCUCAACGGGCCUAACAACAACAAGCACCGCCCUUCCCUCCAAGGUUCCGUCUUCUGGAUGGCGCCCGAGGUAGUCAAGCAAACAUCAUAUACCCGCAAAGCGGAUAUCUGGUCGCUCGGAUGCCUGAUUAUCGAAAUGAUGACGGGGACGCAUCCGUUCCCGGAUUGUACGCAGCUGCAAGCGAUCUUCAAGAUUGGUGGCGCUAAGGCGACGCCCACGGUACCGGAGACGGCGAGCCCCGAGGCCAAGGCGUUCUUGGCGCAGACUUUUGAGAUUGAUCAUACUAAGAGGCCAAGCGCCGAUGAGUUGAUGUUGAGUCCUUUUUUGACGCCUAUGGUAGCGUAG